AUGGCAGAGAAGAAUGUCACCUUGGUGAGCGAAUUCCUCCUUAUUGCAUUUACCGACUGUCCUGAGUGGGGACUUCCUCUCUUCCUCCUGUUUCUAUCCAUUUAUGUCAUCAGCCUGCUGGGGAACGCGGGGAUGGUCCUUCUGAUCCGAGUGGAUGGCCGGCUGCACACCCCGAUGUACUUCCUCCUCGGCCACCUGUCCUUCGUGGACAUCUGCUACUCGUCCACCAUUGUGCCGCAGAUGCUGGCGGUGCUGCUGCAGCGGGGGGCAGCGUUGUCCUACACCUGCUGCGCUGCUCAGUUCUUCCUCUUCACCUUCUUUGGCUCCAUUGACUGCUACCUGCUGGCCCUCAUGGCCUAUGACCGCUACGUGGCCGUGUGCCGGCCCCUGCUGUAUGUCACCAUCAUGACCGAGAAGGCGCGCUGGGGGUUCGUGGCUGGGGCUUAUGGGGCUGGUUUCUCCAGUGCCUUUGUUCGAACAAUCACAGCCUUCUCCCUCUCCUUCUGCGGGGACAACGAGAUUGACUUUAUUUUCUGUGACCUUCCUCCUCUGUUAAAGCUGACCUGUGGGGACAGCUAUACCCAGGAGGUGGUCAUUGUUGUGUUUGCCAUCUUUGUCAUCCCUGCCUGCAUGGUGGCGAUCUUGGUGUCCUACCUGUUUAUUGUUGUGGCCAUCAUGAGGAUCCCCUCAGCUGGAGGCCGGGCCAAGACCUUCUCUACCUGCGCCUCUCACCUCACGACUGUGUCCCUCUUCUUCGGCACCCUCAUCUUCAUGUACCUCAGAGAUAACUCUGGCCACUCUUCACAGGAGGAUCGGGUGGUGUCUGUGUUCUACACAACAGUGAUCCCCAUGUUGAACCCCCUCAUUUAUAGCAUGAGGAAUAAGGAAGUGAAGGAGGCCCUGAGGAAAGUUCUCAAAAGAGCUGAGUUGUACUGA